AUAACUUUUCCUGAUCUGGAUCAUAUGCCUCAUUUAAUUUUUCAUUAAAAAAUAAACUAUCUCCAAAAGUUCUCUUCCUGUUCUCACUUUCAAGUCAUCAUCGUCUCUAUUCUCGCUCUUCGCUUCUCUCUCUCUCUCUCUCUCUCUCCCUCUCUCUCUGUGACUAUCAGAUCCGACGAGUCUUCUUAUUUUUGUGGAAUUUUUUCAAGGGGCUCUGUAUUGAUUUACACCUCUUUAUUGAUCGGUUUCGCAAACCCUAGCUCCGGCGAUCUUGAAUCUGCGAAUUCCAUGGCGUCUUCACCUGGUAAUAGUAACCCUCUCAAUCCUCCUCCGUUUGAUCUCAGUAAUAUCUUCAAAACCUCAUCAAACCCUUAUCCUCCGCCGCCGGCAUCUUAUCCUCCGCCCACAGGUCCAUUUCUACACAACCAGUACAAUCCGCAGCUUUUCGCUCCGCCGGGUAUCCCUGCCCAACCAUCGCCGGUGACUCAGACGCAGCAUCAGCAACAGGAUGCGCCUUCCCCGUCCUCGGCGACUAACCUGCACCCACAAAGAACACUAUCUUAUCCCACGCCACCUCUAAAUCUCCAAUCGCCCCGUUCCAAUCACAAUCCCGGAACGCACAUCCUCGCUCUCCUCAACAAUAACAAUGGCGGAGGCGGCAGGGAAGGCCCCGUGGCCAACCAAGAUCCGUCGCAUCAGCUCCCGGCAGUGAAUCCGCACGAGAACGCUCGGUCGUUCCCUGGAGGUUCGCUUCCUAUUCGUAUCCCGAGCUGUAAGCUUCCCAAGGGAAGGCGAUUGGUUGGUGAACACGCGGUGUACGAUGUGGACGUGAGAUUACAUGGAGAGAUUCAGCCACAGCUGGAGGUGACUCCUAUUACCAAAUACGGGUCGGACCCUCAGCUCGUAGUGGGUCGGCAGAUCGCCGUGAAUAAGGUCUACAUAUGCUACGGUUUGAAAGGCGGAAACAUUCGGGUUCUCAACAUAAACACCGCACUGAGGGCUUUAUUCCGAGGCCAUUCUCAGCGAGUGACGGACAUGGCUUUCUUCGCUGAGGAUGUUCAUCUAUUGGCUAGCGUAAGCUUAGACGGGAAAGUCUUCGUGUGGAACAUUUCUGAAGGAUCUGAAGGAGAUGAUCAGCCUCAGAUCACCGGGAAGAUAGUUCUUGCUCUUCAGAUACUAGGAGAGGAAGACACCAAACAUCCACGUGUGUGUUGGCACUUCCACAAACAGGAAAUUUUGGUAGUUUCUAUUGGUAAACAUGUGCUACAAAUUGAUACCACCAAAGUUGGCAGAGGUGAAGUAUUCUCUGCUGAGGCACCUCUCCAGUGUCCCCUUGAUAAACUGAUUGAUGGUGUCCAAAUUGUGGGGAAACAUGAUGGAGAAAUUACGGAUUUGUCAAUGUGCCAAUGGAUGACCACACGCCUGGUUUCUUCUUCCGUUGAUGGCAUGGUAAAGAUAUGGCAAGAUCGGAAGGCACAACCAAUUGCAGUUUUGAGACCUCAUGAUGGUCAUCCGGUCAAUUCAGCCACAUUUGUGACAUCCCCUGAGAGACCUGAUCACACCAUACUUAUCACGGGGGGUCCUCUAAAUCGAGAAAUAAAAAUUUGGGUCUCAGCUGGGGAAGAAGGGUGGCUCCUACCAGAUGAUUCUGAGUCAUGGAAGUGUACCCAGACACUUGACUUGAAAAGUUCAACCGAGCCACGAGAUGAAGCGGCAUUUUUCAACCAAUUCAUAGCAUUGUCUGAAGCAGGCCUUCUUUUACUGGCAAAUGCGAAAAGGAACGCCAUAUAUGCCGUGCAUUUGGACUAUGGCUCUUGUCCAGUUGAUACACGGAUGGAUUACUUGUCGGAGUUUACAGUGACUAUGCCUAUACUGAGUUUUAUAGGGACAAAUGAUCCUCCAGAGGAACCCAUUGUUAAGGUUUAUUGUGUUCAGACUCAAGCAAUCCAGCAGUAUACAUUAGACUUAUGCUUAUGCUUGCCACCUCCUAUAGAGAAUGUAAGUCUGGAGAAGUCAGAUUCUAGUGUAUCGCGAGAGACAAUUGUUGCUGAAGGCACGUCAGAAUCAUCUGGAUUUAAGCCUACAGAAUUACCUUCGGUUGAUUUAGUACCUAUACCAUCUAUUCUAGUGAAUAGAUCGGAUAGUGCUAAUAGGUUGAGUUUUCCAGCGACUUUGGCAUCAGCAGAGACCACAUCACAAGCAGUUGUUUUACCCAACAGUGAACCUAAAACUUCUGGGCUGCCAUCUGAGACCAGUGGUGCAGGUUCUGCGUAUGCUACUUCACAAAGUCCCACACUAUCAAGAAAACUUUCUGGCUUUCAGACUCCUGCAGAUGCUAUUGAGCCAAUACUACCUCAACAUGAGCUCGCUGGCAAAGCACCUUCUGCUGAUUAUUCUAUUGAUAGGCAAAUGGAUGUAUUAUCUGUGGAGGAAAGCUCAAGAAGCAAAGACAAGAAUGCGACACCUGAUGAUGAUGUCUCUGGUAUGCGAAGCCCGACACCUUUUUACAAACACCAUCUUGUAACUCCUGCAGAUUUUUUGACGGACAUUUCUUCUGCUGAAGACAAGAGGGAUAGAGAUGCAAGAAUUCAGGACGUGGAUAUUGAUGCAAGUAGCACACAAGUUGAGGUAAAAGAAGUAGGUGAAGCAAGGUCCAUGCAGAAUGGUGAAAUCAAUUAUCAUGACGAAACUGAGCAUCGCACUUCAGAAAAUAGAGAAAACAUCUUCUGCUCACAGGCUUCGAAUCUCAGCACUGAGAUAGCUAGGGAUUGCUAUCAAAGUACAGAGGAAACUUUCAUUCCUGAGGAAUCUAAGGCUUAUGGAAAAAAAUCACAAGCUGGGGAUGAAAGUGGUCUUGACUCAAGAGCUGUGUCUGCAAAGCUUCCUGAUUCGGUUUCAUCUAGUGGGCUUCCACAGUCGUCAGCUUCAAAUAGCAAAGGGAAAAAACAAAAGGCCAAAAACUCGCAGGGUCCUGGACUGUCAUCUACAUCAUCAAAUGUUGCCAACCUGGCUGACUCCUACAACGAGCAAAGUCAGAGCUUAAGUCAACCAAUAACAGAUUCACUUCCCCAGAUCUUAGCUAUGCAAGAAACAAUGAAUCAGAUAAUGGUUUCACAGAAGGAGAUGCAGAGACAACUAUCAAAUGCUGUCAAUGGCCCUAUCAUAAAAGAAGGUAAAAGACUAGAAGUGGCUUUAGGGCGAAUGAUUGAGAGAUCCUGCAAGUCAAAUUCUGAUGCUCUCUGGGCACGUUUCCAAGAGGAGACUGUUAAGAAUGAAAAGGCAUUGCAUGACCAUGCCCAACAAAUUGUGAAUGCAACGACGAACUUCAUGAGCAAGGAGUUAAAUGCCAUGUUUGAGAAAACGAUUAAGAAGGAAUUUGCUGCAAUUGGUCCAGCCAUAGCACGUGUAGUAACACCAGCUGUUGAAAAAACUGUAUCUUCUGCAAUCACGGAGUCUUUCCAGAGAGGGAUUGGUGACAAAGCAGUCAAUCAGCUUGAGAAGUCUGUUAAUUCAAAACUUGAAACAACCAUAGCUAGGCAAAUUCAAGCCCAAUUUCAGACCUCUGGCAGGCAAGCCCUCCAGGAGACUCUUAGGUCGAGUCUGGAGUCCUCAGUCAUACCUUCGUUUGAGAGGUCAUGCAAGACCAUGUUCGACCAAUUAGACUCAGCCUUCCAGAAGGGGAUCGCUGAGCACACAAACGCAGCCCAGCAAUGGUUUGACUCUGGACACUCACAGCUUGCCCAUACUCUAAGGGAAACCAUUACUUCUACGUCGUCAGUUGCACAAGCCUUAAGUCGUGAAUUAGCCGAGAGCCAAAGGAACCUCUUAGCUCUUGCAGCUGCUGGAGCAAAUUCAGGGGGGUCAAAUCCCUUGAUUUCUCAACGAAGUAGCGGACCUUUGGGUGCUCUUCUUGAAAAGGUUGAAGCACCUUUGGACCCUACAACAGAACUAUCAAGGUUGAUAUCUGAACGCAAGUACGAAGAAUCUUUCACUUCGGCUCUACAGAGAAGCGACGUCUCUAUAGUUUCAUGGCUUUGCUCACAGGUGGAUCUUCGUGGACUAUUGGCUAUGAAUCCGCUUCCGCUGAGCCAAGGCGUGCUUCUGUCGCUGUUACAACAGCUAUCCUGCGACAUCAGCAAGGACACGUCCCGUAAGCUUGCUUGGAUGACUGAUGUGGUCACAGCCAUAAACCCAUCGGAUCAGAUGAUUGCGGUCCACGCUCGCCCAAUCUUAGAACAAGUCUAUCAGAUUCUGCAUCACCACCGUAACGCACCGGGCAGUGACGUCUCUGCUAUCAGGCUUAUAAUGCACGUCAUCAACUCCAUGCUUAUGAGCUGCAAAUGAUAAUCUCGCUCUUUCUAUCUCUUCUUGUUCGUUUGCUAUAAAACAUAGGAAUACAAGAAUCUCCACUCUUCUCUGUACCUCUACUCUUGUUAGAUUUUGAUUAAUCUUUUCAUUUUUGGUUUUAAUUUUGUAUUUCCAAUUUUCGUUUUCCUUUUAAAUGUAAAAUCUGGUUGUUUUCACAUACAUACGUUUUGGGUUUGAGUUCUAUUUUGUUUUUUUAAUGUUUGAAUUUAAGCUAUAAGUUUCCAUUUUUCCUUUAAAUGUUAAAAUCUGGUUGUUUCAUAUA